ACCCUUAAACAAUACAGAAAACUCAAAAAUUACAAUGUUUGAUUGAUAUAAAACUGAAAAAGUAUCUUCCUUUACACCAUUUCGUGAGCAGGAGACUACUUUGAUUGCAAAUUGGGGAAACCAAGGUGCUUCAAAAAGCCAAAUACGUCGGCCCGAAAAUUAUCCAAUAAGUAAUCUUCCUUUUAUCAUUAUUGUAGUCUAUACAGUAUACACACCAUCCGAUUCUGUAUCUAUUCCAUUUCACUCGGCCCUCUUCUAUUAAUUGUUUAUUUUUCAAGAAUGGAGUACCCAAAUGGAUUAGUAUCACAAGGAAAACAGCCUCUUUUUUCAUUUGGGGUUAUCACUGAUGUUCAGUAUGCCGACAUCCCUGACGGUCGGUCGUUUCUUGGUGUUCCUCGGUAUUACAGAAACAGCAUUCUCGUGUUGCAAAAGGCGAUAGAAGCAUGGAAUGGUCAUAAAGAUAUCAGAUUUUCGUUGAAUCUUGGGGACAUUGUUGAUGGGUAUUGUCCUAAAGAUCAAUCUUUGAAUGCUGUCAAGAAAGUUGUUAAAGAGUUUGAGAAGUUUGAUGGGAAUGUGUAUCAUAUGAUUGGGAAUCAUUGUCUUUAUAAUCUUCCUCGUAGUGAGUUGCUUCCCUUGUUGGCUAUUCCUGGUGGUGAGUCGCGUGCUUACUAUGAUUUUUGUCCCAUCCCCGAGUAUAGAUUUGUUGUUCUUGAUGGUUAUGAUAUUAGUGCGAUUGGUUGGCCUCAUGAUCAUCCUCACACGAUUGAAGCCUUGAUGUUCCUCACGGAGAAGAAUCCAAAUGAGGAGAAAAAUAGUCCAGAGGGAUUAGUUGGUCUUGAGAGGAGGUUCCUUAAGUUCAAUGGUGGAGUUGGGAAAGAGCAGUUGAAAUGGUUGGACGACACUCUCCAAGAUGCAACCAAGUCCAAUCAAAAAGUUGUUGUAUGCUGCCAUGUUCCUCUAGAUCCUGGAGCUACUUCCAAAGAAGCACUUUUGUGGAAUUAUGAUGAAGUUAUGAAUUUGAUUCACCGGUACAGUUGUGUGAAGGUAUGCUUAGGUGGUCAUGAUCAUAAAGGUGGACACUCUGUUGAUUCUUAUGGGGUUCAUCACCGAGUACUAGAAGCCGCCUUGGAAUGCCCUCCAGGCACAGAUGCAUUUGGAUAUAUAGAUGUUUAUGAAGAUAGGUUAUCACUUAUCGGUACUGACCGGAUGGCAAGCAGCAAAAUGGUUUUCAACCUCUAAAGCUGUAUCAGCCUGUGGAAAUCAUCUUUUUCAUAUAGAGGUUGAAUUCUUUUGAUUUAAUGUACUAAAAAGCUUCUCAGUUAAAUGGACUUUAUGCCGUGAGCUUUGUAUUAGAUCAACUUCUUCAUAUGAAUUUAAAAGUAAAACAUUUUGUAA